AUGUCGGCGCCUCAACCUACUGCCGAUAUUGAGGCCAAAGAGACCGCACAGAGCGAAACCAUGCCUGUCGAGAAGGAACCGGGGACUACGGAUAUCUUGGGCCCCGAGGAAGAGAAGAAGCUCGUUAGAAAGAUUGAUUUCCACUUAAUGCCUUUGCUCAUUGUCAGCUACGGCCUGCAAUACCUCGACAAAACCAGUCUGGCCUACAGCGCGAUUUUGGGCAUUCGCGAGGAUCUGAAUCUCGUCGGACAGCAAUUCAACUGGGCGUCAAGUAUCUUCUAUAUUGGAUAUCUGGUCGCCUCGUGGCCGAUCUCGCUCGGCUUUGUUCGGUUUCCACUAGGCAGAUACCUCAGUCUCUUGAUCUUGCUAUGGGGCAUCAUCCUCACCCUCCAUGCUGUCGCCGGGAACUACGCCGGCUUGAUGGUCCUAAGAACUUUCUUGGGUAUCUUUGAAAGUGCCAUCAGCCCUGGUUUCUCGCUCAUCACUGGAAUGUGGUACACGCCCAAGGAGCACAUGUCUCGCCACUCGUUCUGGUUCGCAGGCAAUGCCACCGCCAGCAUUAUCGGGUCAAUGAUCGCAUACGGCAUCUUGCACUACGGAGGAGGGUUUUCUCAAUGGAAGAUGCUCUUUCUAAUCUUCGGUCUGAUCACCAUCGUCUGGGCCGUCGUGUUAUGGUUCUACCUCCCUGAUGCGCCGUCCAACGCCCACUUCCUCACCCCGACAGAGCGAGAAUUCGCCUCGCUGCGACCGAAGAAAUUCCAGCGCACCACGCAGACCAAGCAAUGGGACAAGACGCAGUUUAUCGAGACCUUCACAGAUCCCAAGACAUGGUGGUUUCUGCUAUUCUCGUUUGUCAUCUGCGUGCCUAACGGUGGUAUCACCAGCUUCAACUCCAUCAUAAUCAACAGCUUUGGCUACGACAAAUUCCAAACCAUCCUCAUGGGCCUCCCCGCCGCCGCAUUCCAACUAACGACCGUAAUCCUCGCCGCGGUCUUCACGACACUAUUCCGCAAAUCGCGCCUCUGGGCCGUCAUCGCCACCUUCCUCCUCGCCAUGGCCGGAGUCCUAAUGAUCAAGCUCCUCCCGACAGAGAAGAAGCUCUCUCGACUGGCAGGCUACUGGCUUGUGACGGCCGUGUCGCCGGCAUUUCCGCUCAUGAUGUCCCUGUUUGCGAGUAACACGGCCGGAUUCACGAAGAAGUCGACCGUCGUGGCGCUGAUCUUUGUGGGAUACUGCGUGGGGAAUUUCGUUGGUCCGCAAUUCUUUGAUAACAAGGAGGCGCCGGGCUACGAGACUGCAUACACCACAAUCCUAACCUGUUUCGCCAUAACAAUCGUCAUGGCGGUCCUUCUCCGUAUCUACCUCUCAUGGACGAAUUCGCGUCGAGACCGCGAACAAGGCAUACACAUUGACCCGGAAGACAGUCGAGAGAUCGAUUUACACGCCGACGAGGAGCUCGAGGGCGUGGAUGAGACGGAUAUGCAGAAUGGGGGGUUUAGGUAUAUUCUUUAG